AUGACAGCGAUUAAUGCAAUCUAUAAAGCCUUGAAAAGGGCAUUUGCUGGUAUAUUCUUAGAGAGUUCUCACAGCUUCAGGAAAAGAAGAGGGAAUCAGCGAUUUUCCGACGAAAAGUCCACCGGAUCAGGUGGUGGUGGUAUGACAGUGUUUGAUAAGCUCACUGACGAGCUCUUAAUCGAAAUCCUAAUACGUCUCCCUCAAAAGCAAGCCAAUAUCUGGUUUUCUUUAUCUUUCAUUAAAAAAGAGAUUUUACAGUUUUUGGCUUCAAACAACGGAUUGGUUUUAUGCUGUGCGCCUCUUCGCAAUCCAAUUGUUUACUUUGUUUGUAAUCCAUUAACGAAGCAAUGGAUUCCUCUUCCUCCACCUCCAACCAAUAUCAAAACAGUGUACAUUGGGUUUAUAUGUAAUCCCCGAUAUUCAUGUAACGAUGACGAUGAACGAGGAAGUUUUAAAGUUGUUCGUAUUGAAGUAGUUAACUGCAAUUCGCAUUGGGAUCUAUCAGACACAUUAAAAUUAGAAAUCUUUUGUUCGGUGUCAGGGAGGUGGAGGGAGGAGUACUUCAUGUCAAAUUCGACUCAUGAUCAUGGAUUUUUCUGCGGAUGGGAUAGUUGGUGUCCUAGUGCUGUGGUUUGUGAUGGAUUGCUAUAUUGGAAUUCUGUUUCAAAUAGUGGUAUUUUCUGUUAUGAUCCUUAUAAUGGUGAAUGUAGAACCAUUAAGCUUCCACAUGAGAUAAGAAAUCAAAGUGUGGGAAAUGAGAAUGGUGGUGAGUGUGAGUGGUUGUUGUUGCAUAAAGUUGAGUUGGAUGAAAUGAAAUGUGGAGAUAAAAAUAUCGACAAGAAUAAAAUGGGUCUCCUUUCGCCCCAUCCGCUUAAUAAAGAUAUUCUCUUCUUUUGGUGUCCGGCUGACCUUCCUUCCUUUACGAUUAGAAUUGUGGAAUAUGAUAUGGAAAAGAAGCUUCUGACGUUACCUUGUUUGCUUCGAGAUGCCAGAGUUAUAAGUUUCUUCUUCCCUUUGUUCUCUCCAUUUGUUCUUCCCUGCUGGCCUACCGCAGUUCCUCCCAUCCAGCAGCAUGGCCUAAGCUAG